UCUUACAAGCGUGGGUCGACUGCCUCUGUUCACAAGUCACCCGCCAGCUCUCGGAGAUAGUCAGUCAUGGGUUGGGGAAUCAAAUGCAAGUAUGAAGAUGAUCGUGAUGGGACAGACCAAAUUGACAUCGGUAUCGCCGAAUCCGGAGGAUCGUAUUAUGUCCCGGAUGAGAACAUGCACAAGUGCAAGAGAUGCAUGUUGCAGCCGUGCAUCACGUUUGUGGGUUUUGGGGUGAAGAAGAGCGACUACCUGGUCAAGUGCAACUGCUGGCCCCCCGCUGUGUUCAUGCCUAUAAUCAGCCUCGGCCAGGUGAUAAUAUUCGUGGUAUAUGCCGCUGAACUUGCCAAAACCAACACGCCAGUCACCUUCGCCAGCGGGUACCCGCACUACAGCCCUCUUGUCUACCUACCUACCAAACGCCACGAGGCCUGGAGAUUCAUUACCUACAUGUUUAUCCACAAUGGGUGGUGGCACAUUGUGAACAACCUGAUAUUCCAGCUGGGAAUUGGGCUGUCCCUGGAGAUGGUGCACAAGUGGUGGCGUGUGAUGAUUGUGUACCUGUGCGGCGUCAUAGCGGGCUGCCUGGUUCAUUCUGUGAUAGAGCACGACUUAGCCCUGGUAGGGGCGAGUGCUGGAGCCUUUGCACUUGUGGGUGCACAUCUAGCUGUCGUUAUCACGAACUGGAAAGAGAUGCGAAUGAGAUGUAACUGUGAGUGCCUCGGCAAAGAACUCAAAAUGCCCACUGGUCCAUUUCGCCUGGCCGUCAUCCUGCCUCUAGUAUUCUAUGAAGUAGUCCGUGCCAUCUAUGAACAUGUUGUGGAUAAUGAUUCCUUUAAGAUCGCUGUUGGUGCCCAUCUGGGAGGUAUUGCGACAGGUAUAUUACUCGGAGUGCCAAUCUUAAAGAACAUGAAGAGGCACCCAUGGGAGACAAGGCUUGGAAUCGUCACCUCUGUAGUGUUCGGACUCGCGGUGCUGUUUGGAAUACUGUUCAACAUUUUCUACAAAGGUUACCCCGAAACCGACUGGGAUUAAGGAACCUGAACUCAGAUUUUUCAGUAUAUUUUUAUACUUAAUCCAAUAUCAUUUUACAGCAGAAACUAUCAAUUGAUUAUACAUUUUUGUCUUUAGACUGUUGUUAUGGAUUUCUAGUAUGUAUAUAGGCUAUUUGAAGCAAUGGUUAUAUAUUUGUUAUCUUGUGAAUGAGUGAGUGAGUGAACUGGGUGCAAUGCUGCUCUGAACUUUUUUCCCGUUACAUCACAGUGUGCCAGCCCGAAGUGCUUAAAACUAGAAACAUAAUCAUGUGGACUUGGAAUCGAUCCUUGUUUGAUUGAGAUAGUAUUGAUUGAUUUUAUUAGUAUAUUGCCACUCUUGCUCAACUGUACACGAUUCAGUAUACAUGGGUAUUUAUGCUAUAUUACAGAUCUAACAUUCAUAUGAUUUGUUGUACCGUAAAACCCCGUUAGUAUGAACCCCUUUUAUACGGAACUUCGCCAUUCCGUACUAUAACUUUGGAACACUUUCAUAAACACACUUACCCACCAUCAUUAUCUGUUAACCUCGUUUUAGGGUCUGUAAGUCUCGCGAGGCGCUACUUCCGGUACUAAGCUGGUUUCCGACCCCUUUGCACGUGCCAUCUUGCGAUAUGCGAGACGAGGCCUCGCUUACUUCCGGUACCAGAUUUCCGGUGACAAGCGUAUAUUCAAGAACCAGUUCUGGUUCCCAACUGCGCGACCGCCAAAUAUGAUUAAACUAGACCGGACCAAGUGUACAACAAUGCUUGUCUGUUACAGCUGUUGACAGUGGGAAUAGUUGGCUUAUUGGGGAUGGUUAGAUCGGAAAUUUGUUAUUCCUACAAGGAUUAUCGGUUCAAUACUGUCAACUGACAACCAUGAGACCAUUCGAAACGGUAUGAAAGGUUGUUUGUCACCGGAAGUACUGAGGUCUCGCGAAGUGCCGUGACCUACUUACGGACCCCAUUCCGAAGGUAUGGAUUUGAUUAACUGGGUUUACGCGCGGUUUUACUGUAUAAAUGUACUUUCAACAUUACUUUUGUUUGUUAUUAUUUAUUACUUGUUUGCGGUAUUUUUGUUGGUUACAAUUGAAGUGUUUCUUUUAAUUUCUCAUAUGUUUUGCAGACGUUGUCACAUUAAGAAUUGUCCCCACCAUCUAUAUUUUUCUAAUCCAAAAUCUGUGUUUAUAUAUUUUUUCUACAAAUCAAACACAUGACCAACCUGUCAUGUUAUACUUUGUAUUGAAACUUUCGCCAUUAUUGUUCAUACUUUUGACAAUAAAAGAAUAUGCUAUGACA